AUGGCGCACACCCCCGGAGAUUCAGGUCCGAUGCACGAGGAGGGCAAGCAGUCUUUCAUGGACAUCCCGGGCCUCAACCCUAGCCUAAAUCCAUAUCUGAGGGGGCAAGGUAUGGUCGGAGGGUACCAACCGCAGCAGGAUUUCUCGCAGCGGAUGGGCUACCCGUUCUCCAUGGGCAACGGACACCUUCAGUCGCCUUAUGGGGCUCCACCUGGUCAUGCCGCGCACUAUUUCAGUGGUUAUCCUCCGGCACACUGUCCCCCGGCUCAUUCACCACCGAACUCGCGACAACCUCCUCAGAACGAUGGCUACCCUCAUUCCGCAGAUUCGCCGGGCCUAGGAUUCCCCAUCAAGAGCGAAGCGAAAGACGAUCACCUCGGCAGAAUGAGCAACCACAUCGUCAGUGAUUACACAGCUAACGAUAAGUCGAUGGACGACCCGCUGCGGGGUUCGGCCGGCGGAGCCCAAACUCCCCAGGGAAAUACGACGGGCCCGAAAGGCAAGAAAAUGCGAAAGCCUAGAACAAUCUACUCCAGCCUACAACUACAGCAACUUAAUCGGAGAUUCCAAAGGACUCAGUACUUAGCUCUCCCCGAGAGAGCUGAGCUUGCCGCGUCUUUAGGACUCACCCAGACUCAGGUGAAAAUAUGGUUUCAAAAUCGGAGAUCCAAGUGUAAAAAGAUGUUGAAAGCUUCGCAAAACAACCCGCAGGCAGCGGCAGCAGCCCUCGGUUUAUCGCAGCCGGUAACGCCAAACGGUGGUCCGACGACGCCAGGUACACCGAAUAUGCCGAACAGUGCAGAUACCCCCCCUAGUGAUGCAUCGCCGUCGCCUCAAACCCCGCCUACCCCCUAUCAUCCAUCGGCGCUCGGCGGCGCCUUGGGUCACCACAGUUUGGGCAAUGCGCCCACGAAUUCGUUAACACCUCCUCCCAAUUCGUGGGAUAUGCCCUCCAAGGCGCCAGCCAUGAUGCCACACAGCUACAUGUCGCAGUACUCCGGAUGGUACCAUGGGCAUGCGGGUGGCGACCCGAACCAGCAGGUGCUCACCUAGAACUUUCCAUAGAAAUACUAACGGAACGCGAAUUGUUUGAAAAUACAAACAAUGAAUGAAGAAAAACACACAUACAGUAACUCGCAUCACUGCUCGUCAAGUUGCCUUUGCGCGAGCUUUCGGUCCGAUCGUCGGCAGCGAUCGAUUGAUCGCGUGCCUGGAAAAGAGAAAAAAAAUGCUGCUCUUGUCCGCUGUUAUUUAUUUCCAAGUAGUCCCGCGACUACGGGACGCGAAACCGCGAAACCGUCUGCGAAAGCCUUAGGUAGUUAGUCAAACACGAUGUGAAA